GGGCGGGCGGGGGCGCGGAGGGGAGGAGGAGCGGCGGCCGUUGCGGGCCGGCCCGCGGGGCUGAGGCUGAGCAGAGCGGGGCCCGCGCACCGGCCGGGCGCCCACCAUGCGGCGGCUGCGGCGCCUGGCGCACCUGGUGCUCUUCUGCCCCUUCUCCAAGGGCCUGCAGGGCCGGCUCCCGGGCCUCAGGGUCAAGUACGUCUUCCUGGUCUGGCUGGGGGUCUUUGCGGGCAGCUGGUUGGCGUACGUGCACUACUCGUCCUAUGCGGAGCUCUGCCGCGGGCACGUCUGCCAGGUGGUCAUCUGUGACCAGUACCACAAGGGCAUCAUCUCGGGCUCCAUCUGCCAGGACCUGUGCAACCUGCACAAGGUGGAGUGGAGGACCUGCCUCUCUUCCGUCCCAGGCCAGCAGGAUCCCUGUGGCCCUGUCCAGGUGUACAGCGGGCUCUGGCAGGGCAAGGAGGUGACCAUCAAGUGUGGCAUCGAGGAGAGCCUGAACUCCAAGGCUGGGUCGGACUCGGCCCCCCGGCGGGAGCUGGUGCUGUUUGACAAGCCCACGCGGGGCACCUCGAUUAAAGAGUUCCGGGAAAUGACCCUCGGCUUUCUGAAGGCGAACCUGGGAGACCUGCCCUCGCUGCCUGCGCUGGUGGGACAGGUCCUGCUCAUGGCUGACUUCAACCAGGACAGCAGGGUGUCGCUGGCCGAGGCCAAGUCAAUGUGGGCCCUGCUGCAGAGAAACGAGUUUCUACUGCUGCUGUCGCUGCAGGAGAAGGAGCACGCCUCCAGGCUGCUGGGCUACUGCGGGGACCUCUACGUCACCGAGGGCGCCCCACACGGCUCCUGGCAUGGGGCCGCGCUCCCGCCCCUGCUGCGCCCGCUGCUGCCCCCCGCCCUGCACAGUGCCCUCCAGCAGUGGCUGGGGCCCGCGUGGCCGUGGCGGGCCAAGAUCGCCAUCGGCCUGCUGGAGUUCGUGGAGGAGCUCUUCCACGGCUCCUACGGGACCUUCUACAUGUGCGAGACCACGCUGGCCAACGUGGGCUACACGGCCAAGUACGACUUCAAGAUGGCCGACCUGCAGCAGGUGGCGCCCGAGGCCGCCGUGCGCCGCUUCCUGCAGGGCCGCCACUGUGAGCACAGCUCGGACUGCACGUACGGGCGUGACUGCAGGGCCCCCUGCGACAAGCUCAUGCGGCAGUGCAAGGGUGACCUCAUCCAGCCCAACCUGGCCAAGGUGUGCGAACUGCUGCGGGACUACCUGCUGCCUGGCGCCCCCGCUGACCUGCACGCAGAGCUGGGCAGGCAGCUGCGCACCUGCACCACGCUGAGCGGGCUGGCCAGCCAGGUGGAGGCGCACCACUCGCUCGUGCUGAGCCACCUCAAGACGCUGCUCUGGAAGAAGAUCUCCAACACCAAGUACUCCUGAUGGGCGGCCCCAAGGCUCCCACACCAAGUGCGCCACUGCUCUGGCCUGGCCCUCCUGCCCCGCUCCCCCCCACUCACAAGGAGCCACUCUUGCCCUUGGGUCCCCUUCCCUCUUCCCCCUGCCACCCCACAAAGGACAGCACCACAGGAGCUGGGGGCCCUCCCUUGCAACCAGAUCUGGGGCAGUCGCAUAGGUUCCUUCGCCCGCUCCGCCCCUUCCCUCCCCAUGUUUUCCAGGGCAGGAAGGAGGACCUGGAGCCUGACCAAGGGCUAGCUGAGGGUCAGGCCAAGUUGGCUUUUGUUACUUUGAAGAAUAUAUGAUUUAAACACACACUUUUCCUGUGAGUACUUGAGUACCCCUCACCCCACUGCGGACCCCUCCAUCAGUCACUCAGAAGUGGUGGCUUCUCACCUCCAGUCUGGACAGAAGAUGCAGCAUGCAGACCCCAGGGGCAGGGGGCCCUUCCUGACUCCCAGACCCACAUUCUGGGGGCCGGGGUGACUGACUGGGACAAGGUGGCAGGAAUAGGAUGCUGGAAGCUUCCUGGCUCCUGAAGUCUCUGAUGGCCAGCCCCCAAAGCUGGAUUAUGGCACGGUUCAUGGUGAAGGUUGUGGACCACAAGAAAGAGGGGUUCUGGUAACAAGUGGUGAAGCACGGAUUUACCCAUUCAUGAGAAUUUCACCUUCUGCAUUAAAAACUUUCUCCUAUAACGCUUGGUACACAACAACACAGCCCCAGUCUAGGAAUUACUUUUUUAAACGGAUUUUAAUGAACCACUAGAGGUAAAAUGCAUGAUCUGAGGAAGAGCCCAGCAUCUCAUUUUCUUUGUCCGGCCCCUCCCCAGCAGAAGCCCAGGAGCCUGAGCCCCUGCCCCACGGCGGGGUGAGGCGCCACCCAGAACACACAGCUUUCUCAUGUCCAGGCCCAGUUAAUCGGACUGUGAAGAAAAUGCAAGCCGAGAUACAGUUUAUCCAAGACCAAUUUACUCUCAAGUUUUGCCUACACACUUUCCUUGAAAAUGCAUUAAACCACUCCUUCAAUCUGUUUCACACCUUUUGUGUAAAACAUUUUCCAAAAUUUCGACUGUAAUACCCGUGUUCUUAGAACUAACUCUUAAACUUCACCCUAAAUGCAUUAACUUUUUUCCAUCUAGAUUUCCCCCUUGUGGGGGGAAGAGAAUCCACGCACAGUGAAGAACAGUUCAGGGUGCCAGGCUCCGGGCAGUGCAAAGGCCCUGCCUGCGAGAUUAUUCAUCCCCGCACGCCCAAGGGCUGGAGGAGGAGGAGGGCGCCGAGAUGUGGGGGCUGGGUAACCCUGUGGCUGAGUCUGCUCGCCCGUUGCCCACAACAGAUGGCACAGGCUGUCCCUCGUCCCCUGACGCCGCUCUGCAGGGACACCCUCUGUCAGCUCGCUCAUCUUCCUCCAAAAGCAGAGCUGAGUCCACAGUGGCCUCCCAGGUGCCUUUCUGGAAACACUCCUGUUCAAGGAAAGCACAGCCACCGGGCCCCCAGGGCACCUUGUCCUCUUCACCGCACUUCCUGUCACCUUUAGUUCCCUUGUCUUCUGGAACUGCCUUGGCCAACGCUACUCUAACAGUGCCAGGCGCCUCAGCCCUGCAGACCCCUCCCGACAUGCCUACUUUCCGCCCAAAAUCCCUUCCUAAGCCUACUGAGUCCUUCCCAUCGGAGGACGCUUCACGGCUGUGAUUUCCCCAGCUCUCUUGGACGCGCCCUGGCAGCAAAGUGCUGAGACAGCAGCGUGACAAGUCACAUCUUCUCUGCUGUGUCGUGAGCCGGGGGAACCUCCCUCCCCUCUUGGCUCUCUGCCCUCGACGUGCUCUCCUGGAGGACCGAGGACGCCCACC